AUGAGAGGCCUCGCAAACAAGCUGUCGCUCACAAUUAAGCAUCCCGCCAUCACCUUUGUUCUGCAAGCGUCCUCGGCAGCGGCCCCAAGAAAGGCUCUGGUGGCGUCGUCGAGCCGAUCGCUUGCCCUGCGCAUGGAACUCUGGUCCACGGAAGGUCCUGAGAGAGACGGCAUUUCUGUCAACUGGGGUCAAAGGCAGGGAGUUGGUCUUCUCGGUCAAGAACACGCGGGUGGAGGGACGUUCACACAGCCAAGGAAGACGUGCCCGGCCGCGCCGCCCGUCACCGUCGACAGCUCCAGGGCGCGCACCUCGCUGGAGGCGCUCAAGCUCAGCCUGCGGCAGCUGCGCUGGAAGGAGUUCCCGUUCGGCCGCCGUUUGCCCUGUGACAUCCACUGGCACGCCGUGUCGUUUCACGAUAAUGUUGUCUACUCCGGCCAGGUCAACAAAUUUCCAGGUAUGACGGAGGUGGUGCGGAAGGUCUCGCUGAGCCGCGCUAUGCGCACCAUGCAGGAGCUCUUCCCGGCCGAGUACGACUUCUACCCGCGCUCCUGGAUCCUGCCCGAGGAGUUCGUCGUCUUCCUGGCAGAGGUGCAUAAGUUCAAGGACUCCAACCCAUCUUGGAAGCCCACCUUCAUUGUGAAGCCCGACGGGGGCUGCCAGGGCGAUGGGAUUUACCUCAUCCGAGAGCCCGACGACGUCUGGACGUCCGGAAACCUCCAGAAGAGGCCCGCAGUGGUCCAGGAGUACAUCUCCAAGCCCCUCCUGAUCGACAAGCUCAAGUUUGACCUCCGGCUGUACGUCCUGCUGAAGUCCUUAGACCCGCUGGAGAUCUACGUGGCCAGAGACGGGCUCUGCCGGUUUUGCACGGAGCCCUACCAGGAGCCGACGCUCAAGAACCUGCACCUGUCCUUCAUGCACCUGACCAAUUACUCCCUCAACGUGCUCAGCGGGAAGUUCGUCCACUCGAACAGCGGCAACACGGGCAGCAAACGGACGUUCGCCAGCAUCCUCGCGAGGCUGGCCGCCAGCGGCGUCGACGUCCGGAAGGUCUGGUCCGACAUCGUUUCCCUGGUCAUCAAGACGGUGAUUGCCCUGGUCCCCGAGCUGAAGGUGUAUCACCAUUCCUGCAUCCCCACGAGGAAGCAGGGGCCGUCUUGCUUCCAGAUUUUAGGGUUUGACAUUCUCCUGAUGAGGAACCUGAAGCCGAUUUUGCUGGAAGUCAAUGCCAACCCCAGCAUGAAAAUCGAGUAUGAGAAAGAGGUUUCUCCAGGAGUCACCCAGUGUGUCCCAAGCCCAGUGGAUGAGGAGGUCAAGGUGGCCGUCAUCCGGGACACGCUCCGGCUGGUGGAUCCUUACAAGAAGGACGCAGAGGCUCUCGCCGAGGCGUCGCAGGAAAACGAGGACUUGCUUGAAGAAGGGUUUGUGGAAAAACUGGAGCUGGGUGGCAGCGAAACGCCGGAGAGCAGCAUCCCCACGUUCUCCUUGAAGCAGGUCUUUCCGAAAUACGCCAAGCAGUUCGACUACCUGCGGCUGGUGGACCGGAUCGCCACGCUGUUCAUCCGCUUCCUGGGUGUGAAAGGGACGACUAAACUGGGACCGACCAGUUUCCGGACGUUUAUAAGGAACUGUAAGAUAAACAACAGCGGCUUCAGCAUGGCUGCGGUGGACAUCCUGUACAUCGACAUCACCCGGCGGGGCAGCGGCCUGGAGCAGCGGGACGCAGAAGUGGGCUGUAGCCAGAUGUCAGUGGCAAGGAUGCGGAUUCCUGUGGGCUCAGGCCCCGCCUUGUCCCCGUGCUUUGCCCCCUUUCCUGGCGGGGGCCUCAGGGCUCGGGGCCCAUGGGGGCUGCCCCUGCUCGCUCUGGCGCUGGUUUGCUCCUCCAGCUCCUGCCCCGUCUGUGGAUCACGGCUCUUGCUGGGCCGGGCGAGACCGAGCCGGGCGGACAGGCCCUGGAGCGGGAGCUGCGCCGGGAAGCCCCCCCAGCUGGAUGCUGCUGCCUGGGAUGCUGGGCCGGACGGGUAA